AACUCGGCUCGACUCGAGGGAGCUCGAGAUCCAAAAUCAUUUAUUAUUUUGUUGAAACCUGACUUGUCCUCGUCAUUCAGUGAUUUUAGGCGGCUGAUAAAAUUAUUAUAGUGAAAAGUCUUCGGUGGCUUAAAGUUUAAUAUCUAAGCUUAUUUAUUUAAAACAAUUGUAUCCUAGGCGAGUGGCUUUACUUUCACAGCACAAAAUCUAAAUUUAUUUUUAUAAAAUUUUAAUUUUAAUGGUAUUUCAUCAUAACGUGAAAGAUUUUACUAUAUUCUGUUUUAUUAUUCCUUAAACAAGUGAUUCGGUUUGUCCUCGUUGUGUUGAAUCGAUAUUGUAUUAGUGCAAUAACCCUAAUUGUUCUGAAAUGAGUGUGCGUAUUCUGUUUUCCUUAUGAGAAUGACACAUUCGCUUUUAUUAUAAUGGGCUUAGUUAUCUCAUAAAGUUUAGAAGAUUUAUUUAGUUACUAUAAAUCAAUUGCAACAAUGGGCAAGUUCUCCGGUAAGAAAUGCCGACUGCUGUCCAUGCUGUGGCUGACAUGCAGCUUCUUCUUCGUGGAGCUGAUUGUCGGCUAUGUCACCAAUUCCAUGGCACUGGUGGCUGACUCGUUUCACAUGCUGAGCGAUGUUGCUGCGCUUGUCAUCGCCUUCUUGUCAGUUAAAAUGUCACCAAAGAAAUGGUCAAAGAACACCUUUGGCUGGGCCCGCGCCGAAGUUCUGGGGGCUCUCGUGAACGCCGUGUUCCUCGUGGCGUUGUGCUUCAGUAUCACGGUCGAAGCCGUCAAGCGUUUCUUCGACAACGACUACAGGAUACAUAAUGAGAAACUGUUGGUCGCAGUCGGCACAUUGGGCUUGGUGCUCAAUGUUAUAGGGCUAUUUUUGUUCCAUGAACACGGCAGCAGCCACGGGCACUCUCACGGCGGCGUGCCGCCGCCGGCGAACGUGCGGCACCUGACCGAGAUAGUGAACAGCAAUGCCGACAUGGCGCUCGGCCACAACGCCGCGGACGAGGAGACUGACGAGAUGGUCGCCCGCAGCGCCCCGCCCAACAACAACAAGCCGCCCUGUCGUCAGACCACGGACCCUGGACAUAUGAACAUGAAGGGGGUGUUCCUGCAUUUAUUGUCCGACGCGUUAGGUUCCCUCAUAGUAGUCGCGUCGGCAUUAGUAGUAUGGCUCACCAGGUGGCCCUACAGAUACUACCUCGAUCCCGCGCUUAGUUUAGUCUUAGUCAUCCUGAUUCUCUUGUCUGUGUGGCCUCUGCUCAGAGAAUCCGCUUUAAUUCUUCUGCAAACUGUACCUACACAUAUUCAGGUGGACGCGAUACAGCGCCGCCUGCUGGAGAAAGUGGACGGCGUGUUGGCCGUACAUGAGUUCCACGUAUGGCAGCUGGCCGGUGAUAGAAUUAUUGCCAGCGCCCAUAUACGGUGUAGAAACUUGUCAGAGUACAUGAAGAUAGCGGAGAAGGUGAAGGAGUUCUUCCACAACGAGGGAAUCCACUCCACCACAAUACAGCCGGAGUUCGUUGAGAUACCCUUAGACGGGAAUGAGGUAUUGACCGGUAACGCUGGGGAGGCGCCGUGCGCGCUGCACUGCCCCGCCGACGAUCUCUGCCACAACGCCACCUGCUGCGGACCCAAUCAGCAGGAGCGAACGACGCCGUCCCCUGCGGUGACGCCGUAUCUUUGUAGGCAGAGGAACAUGGGCUCCAGGACGGAGUCAAUGAACUCCGGCUUGGCGGCGGGGGCGCCUGGCGCGAACUCGGCUAGGCAUUUAGACGCUUUGGAGUGCGGUUCUCUGCUGCCUACGCCGGCGGUACAAGAUGGCCGCCUGGCCGUCUGACAGCCGCUCCGCAUCGCCGCGAUAUCCUAAGUUCACUGAAUCAAGUGCCGCGGUAACACAACCAUUAAACUGAACCGUUUACAGCUGGAAAAGACUACAUGUGAAAAGCUCCUGUGGAAAUAUGGUAUAUAUACAUAUAUAUCUAUAAAUAUGGUGGGAUAACGUACGGCACUGUGAUCCUUGCGGCACCAUUGUAGUACAAAGUAAGGACUACCGCAGCGAUCAUCUCGUGACGUGUGCCGAGCUCAAUAUGUAAGGUUUUCACAUUUGUUAUCCUGUAAUGUAGCAAUAUCACUAGUUAACUAUACGCUGACAUAUCAGCCUUUCAGUCCCAAUCCUAUUCACAAGUAAAUUAAAUAAGAGUGACGUUAUCUAAUCCUCGUAAAUGAGCAUUAGUUUUUCAAAGAUAUGUUCAGCUGUGAUGGAACUUGGAUCAGUUUAGAACAGUUUAUAGAUAUGGCUUAGGGUGGGUAUCCAAUUUCUUUGGCCAAUGUGUAUUGCGUCUCACAUUUUGCUUUAAUGAGAGAGUGAGAGGCAAUAACAGUGGGCAAAGAAAUUGGACAGGUGGCAUACCACCCUUAAGUGCACUAUAGCAGCCAGUAACGAAUUGGUAUAUUAGUGGUUGACGUUACGGUAAGUAACGGUCAUAAACCUGUAUACACAAAACUUAAAAGUUUUUUGAUAAUGGUAAAAAAUGUAUACAUGUUUAUGGCCGUGACUGCUAACGGCUAUGUCGAUGUGAAAGUACGUGCAAUGUUGCUAGGCCCUAGUGUGAAGGACUUAAGAAGAACUGAAGUGAGUCUUGAUAUCUUCAUAAUCGAUCGUAUCUUGCAAAAUGAGCUAUUAAAUGGAAAUCUACUGAUUUCUUUCCGAUUAUAAGUAUAUAUUUAGACAAUCUGGCUAUUCUUACUACUUACAUUUAAAACGCUAGUAAAGAUUAUAAUUUUGCAUUAAGGGUACGAUAUAACUGGUCUGCAAAAAAAAUAUUUUGGUCAACAGAAAAAUCAGUUGAUCAGAUUUUUCUACUGACCAAAAUAUAUUUUAGGCUGAAUAUUAAAUUAGUAAUUACUUCCUUUUUGAACAGCGAGCUGCAAAAAAUGGAUGGGGUUCAUUCAUAAAAUGGCUACGCACUUUUGCAGAUGGGUGUACAUGUAAUGGCAUCGGUAAUGACAUGUCGUGGUCGUAAUAUUUAGAGAGGGAAAUCACUCUAACACACAGGUAAAACAGUAUGGAGGUAAAAAUUCUAAAUUUAAAAUAUCAUAGACUGUUGUAAGAAUGUUGUCGUGUUAUGCGUGUGCGGCCUCUCUCCCCGAUUCAAUACCUAUAUCUGGAGAUGAAAAUAAAUAGCUCGUCACUGUCAAACUAGCCAGCCGUUAUAGAUUUACCCCUUUAUUCAUAAACGUUUACUAAAGUUGACAUGCCGAUAAUAAUCGUUUGUCCCUUUCCGACGUAUUGGUAUGAUGGAAAGGGACAAACGACUAUUAUCGGCUUGUUAACUUUAGUAAACGUUUAUGAAUAAGGGGGGUAGUGCAUAACUAUUUUCCAUUGUAUUUUCACGGAAACGUACGAAAGUGUCUUGCUAUUACGAGUCUCGGUACAAAAAGUACUGACAAAUACUCGUACGAACGUUUCCGGGAAAUUACGAUGGAAAACAAUUAUGCACUACAUCUGUAUUUUAUAUAACUUCGCAUUUACAAUGUUAGUCAGGUGUGCAUGUUUAUCUGGUAUCAGAAGGUAUUUUUUACCAUUUAUUUUAUGUCGUGAUGUAUUGUUGGUUUUACCAAAUUUUUUAUACGUAUGAACUAUUGUUUAAUUCGUUAUGAGUUUGAGGACGAGUCUUUGAACCUCGAAUGCCGAUAGAAUAAACAAUAAAUAAAUAAAAUUAUAAUAUUUUUAUCUUUUCUAAAAUUUUAUCCUGAUUUCAAUUAAUUAUGAUUGCCGCCUUCUGGUAAACAAUACCAAUGAUUAUUUAAUUUUCACUAGAGGCUACAAAUAUUUAAAUACAUAUAUGAUAUAUUCCAUUUAUGCAUAAACAAAUGUGACUAAGUCAUUUAUUACAAUCAUAACACUUUUCUUAGUUGUACGCGAGUUCAGGUAAUUAAUAAUAAUCGGUCGGUAUUUGUCAGAAAUGUUUGAGUUGAAAACUUUGCACAAAGUGCCCAUUUACCAUGCGUACCUACAAUGAGGGUUUCCGCGAUCGAGUUUUUCACUAGAUGGCAGCACCGUGACGAGAGGUCUUUUUGACAGCUGCUGUCAAAAUCCACCAAUAAAAAAACAUGGUUAAACGUGAUUGGUGGAUUAUGUCAGCUAGACCUCUCGCCACGGUGCUGUCAUCUAGUGAAAAUCUCGAUCGCGGAAACCCUCAUUCUUAAAAAGGUUAAUUUAAAAUACAUGUCUAGGUAAAGAUCAACUAAAUAGAUAUUAUUGCUCAUAUGUAUUUUCGAUUUUAAACAACAAUAUUGUACUAUAAGCCUUGACGAUUUAAAGGUUUUUGAAUAACUAAUUUUCGGUCUACAACUUUAAUCCAUUAUGUAUCACUAUUUUCCUCAAUUGAAAUCUAGCGUUGCGUAUUUAGUAACUACGAAAAUAUGGGUUUUUACUCGGUAUAGUCGCGGACGGCCUAGAACGCAAAAUGACUAGUGUAAUAUUUUGCCUAUAUCGCUCUUAGUCUACAUCGCGAACGGUCUAGAAAGCAAAAUGACCACUUUUUUAUAUCACACAGGUAGGUUAGGUUCGUUAGUUAUCUUCAAAUGGCCGAAGGCCAACAAGCACAGAGUAGGAGCCCCGCGGGAGCAGGGCUCCGUCGACAUCGCCAACAUGAAGAUAAAACGACGGAAAAUGAUGUAGGCAUUUUGCGUUCUGGACCGUUGGCGAUGUAGACUAAGAGCGAUAUAGGCAAAAUGUUACACUAGUCAUUUUGCGUUCUAGACCGUCCGCGAAUAACCCUUUUAUUCCACCCUAUUGUUAGGUUAUAAGUUUAAAGAUAUAAUUAUAUUCUCAACCAGCGACCCGCCAUUGCUUCGCACGGGUUUGUAAAUUAUACACCUAAACCUUCCUCAAGAAUCACCCUAUUAGGUGAAAACCGCAUGAAAAUCCGUUCAGUAGUUUUUGAGGUUAUCGCGAACAAACAUUCAAACACAAACAGACAGACGCGGCGGGGGACUUUAUUUUAUAAGGUGUAGUGAAGUAAAACACAUAACAAGUUAUACAUAUACUUACAUGAGAACUGUGGGUAAUAAUUUUUUUGUGUAUUUAUAAAAUUAAAUGCAUAAUAUAACAGCUCGUGUGUUUAGAACGAAAGAGUUGAUGAUUCCUACAAAUGUUCUUGGGCCUGUAGGCUUUGACCAAAAGUUACACACGGAAUUAGAUAGUGUUGCCGUAAGGCAUAACGAUGUACAACUAAUAAUACACCAAAACUUAUGUAUAAUGUUAUAAACAAGUAUUAUUUAGUGUUUGAUCGUUCUAUGCUUGUUUCGCAUUGUUGAUAGGUAUACAUUGGUAUUUAUCUAAUAUAUUGAUUUCAUUUUCGUCGGUCUCGGAUAAAAUAUUUUAAGUAUGGAUUCCAUACGGAUUAACAUAUUCAGGAUCAGAAAGUUUUAUUUGUGAAACAUAGGUAUACAAUAGGUCUUAGGACUCUUAGGUCUGUACAUUUGAAUACUAUUUUUUGCCUGUUGGCAUACAAAUUAUUUGUGUUGAAGUAUCAUUUAAUCAACAGUAAUAAAAUAAUGGCAUAAGCACACAAAGUCCUGAGGAAUACUUUUCUAAAUGACUUAAAUAUACUAUUUAGUAGGUAAUCUAAUAUAUACUUUCUUAAUCUUUAACUCAUAAAAUACUUGUUUCUGAUUUAUAAUAAUUAUAAUCUAUUUCAGCUCUUCUUAAUUAUUCACUUCAAACGCUAUUUUACUAUAUACAUACUAUCUAGACAUAAUUUUAGAUAAAGACUUUGUUUAUAGCACCUAAACAAUAUGCGCAUUUUUAGAAACAGUUUAAUAUAUGAAUUGAUUAUUAUACUCUGUAUAAGAUUUUAUUUGGCCAUGUUGCGUAUUUUCAGUUAUACUAUUUUUUUUUUGGCUAGAAGACUCUUUGACAUCAGGCUUGGAAAGUAAACGAUUUUACCACAGAAAUACCAAAACAGAUUGUCAAAGAUGCAGGAAUAAAUAAUUUGAAUACAAUAAAUUCCUUCCAAUAAAUAAUGUUUUGAAAUUAAUCGAUCACAUGACCGGUUUUGACAUUUUAUUUGACUACACAUAUCAUCAUCACCUCCAGGGCCAAAUAUUAUCUUGUCAAACUUUAUUUAUUAAUUAUAUGUUAUGAAAUAGAGAACGACCCAAAAUAUGCGAACUGUUUCUUAUACUUAAAAAAUGUGAUCAUAUUUCAUAGAUUAAGGUAGGCAGUGUGGCUGUGGCAAGGCAUUAGUUUAAUGAUACCAUCGUUAGACAUAUGCAGGUAGCAAACAAGAUGCAAUAAUUAUUUUAUAUAGAAAAACACCUUUGUUUAAAAAAAAAGUGAAUCACUGCACUUUUCAAUAAAAAUUGUAAUACAUAGUUGUUUUAAGAAAUUUGUAUUAUUUUGUAAAAUAGACAGAUUGGCUAUGACUGGAAAUGGCACGAGUUUGAGUUGUAUUUUUUAUAUGACACGUCAACAAAUAACUACGAUUUUAAUUGUAUUAGGAUUGUUUGUGAUUAUAUUAAUUGUACUCGAUGAUAUGUUACUACAAUUAUUAAAUCUGUGUAAGAGAAUCACAACACGCUUUUUAACUUACAAUAUCCCUUACGAUAAGGAUAUAUAGUCUGUCAAACAACUUUGUCAGUUGAAAAAGGCGCGAAAUACAAAUUUUCUAUGGGACGAUAACCCUUCGCGCCUAAAUUUUUUCAUAUUUGCUGCUUUUUCUACUGAUGGAAAUAGCUUAACAGACUAUAAUUCAAAGGUUUUGGACAGAAUAUUCUGUUAUUUUAUAUAACUCGCAUUGUAGUUUGAAAAACUAUAUGUAGAUAAACGUUAACUUGUCUGCAUAUUAGGGACCCUAAAUAAUCUAAAAACAUACUUACUUUUUGAGCACUGCAGGAUUAGGCGCGACAUUACUUCAAAAAAGGUAAACCUGUAAAAUCGAGUACUUAGGACGCCUUGCCAUUGCUAAAUAUGUACCUAACAAAUUUUUCUUACAUACCUAUAGGUAAUUAUAAUAAAAAAUACAUUUUUUGCUCAGACUCGUGCUUGCCCAGUGAAGCAUUUAUUUAUUUAAUUAUUUUGAAUAGGCGAAUCCAAAUAAAUUAGAUAGUACCUAGACAAAUAUGAUCUUAUGAAGCUUAUGAAAAGCUCACUAGCAUAUUUUGUAGGCCAAUAGGAGUAGUAUUUUAACAGCUAUAGCAAACGUAACCCAUACGCCUAGACCGUAUAAAUACAGAAUGUACCUAAUACAAAGCAAUACAAAACAAAUAUUUUUUACAUUUAUUUUAAUUUUCUAAAUUUGUAAUUAGCGUUGGAUAAGAAUUGUGUAAUCAAUAAUCUUUUUUAAGAAUAUAAUUAUUUGGCUUCGUUUAUAAAAUAUUUGUAAUGAAAAAUAAGACAACAAUACGGCAAUCUUUCUACUUAAGGGGCCUUUGACUAUCCUAGAAAUGUCAUCUACCUACAUUAUUUUAUAAAACUUUAUUGCCAAAGACUUUGAAACAGUGUGUUUUGAUUUAGUUGAAUAAUAUAAAAUGGAAUUACCCUAAUUCACAUGGACACGUAAAGCAAUAAAGGCCCUUUAUUACGCAAUCACCUAUUUGUUGAUGGUUGUCUUACGUAUUGCAUAUGUCGGCGGCCGAUCGUAAGAACAGGCAUAUCGUGAAAUUCCUAGGCAUAUCGUGAAACGUGAAAAUCUUUAACUCGUUCCCUGAGUCGACGGAGCCCCGCUACGCGGGGCUCCUAUUUCUGGGCAGUUUGCCCUUCGGGCAUCUGAAGCAACCUAACGAACCUAUCUUACCUUAUCUGGUUUAAUGUGACUAUCCUCAAAAAAAUACACAGGAACAUUACGAUCUGUCUGAUCUUACGGUUGGCCGCCGACACAUAUACGGUAGCAGGUUAGCGACGCCACACAGCAUGUGUCGCGCCUUUUCGAGAUUUGCUAACCUCAGAAAACAUUCAUUAUCCCGGUUGCAUGCUAUGUAAACCUCUUUUUUAUUGAUCACUAUUCUACCAAAGCGACAGCCAGUUGUUUUCACUUGAUCCGGGCACCUAGUAAAAUUCUGUAGCCUAUUUCGACUCUGUAGUUUCGACGCCACUGUGGAAUAGGCUGCACAAACUUUUAUUCACACUCCUACCUUUAAACAUACAUACUUAGCUAGAAAAAUCAUAAACUUUGUUUGGACUUUUGCCGUGGGCAUGAAAAAAUACCUGCCAAUCUUACUCUCCGACCUCCACCGAUGAACAGCUGCCAGGUGCUCGGAUCUGGUCGUAAGGAUAGUAUGGGCAGUAUGGCACGCUAACUAGAAAAAUGUUGUUGCUUCAUAAGUUGUAUAAGUACGUCUUUCCGAGGCUAGCUCUUACACCAGGCAUACUCUUAUUUCAAGAAUCAUAAUUCUAUGUAAUAACACUUUAAUUGAAAGCUAAUAAUUAGUAUAAUUACUUUGUUGUGUGGCGUUUGUGUUACAGUGACCGUGGUGCAAUUGUUCAUUGUUUUAGAGUUUAUCAAGUUUGUAAUUCAGAUAGAAUCAACUUUGUAGACAAUAGCAUCGCGGGAUGUCGCUGCUCAAAAAAAUUAUAUUUUAUUUAUUUAUGUACAAACCGUAGGUUAUUCAGGCAGAGCCGUAAAGUGAUACUGAAUCUGCUUGGCACAUUUUGGUUUCACUUUCAGCAACUUUUCGCGCAAAUGUGAUGAUAAAUAGGUAUAGGCAAAUUUAUCGAUUUAGAGAAAAUGAAUCGACGAACGAAUAUUUGUUGAAUGCACUCUUAUUUUAUCAAUCUGUUUUAAGUACAUAUUUGUUUUAUUGCAAUAUUACUCAAACUCCCUGGAUUGGUUUCAUACUUGUGCCAAGUGGGUUUCUAAGGGUUUUUAUUAUUAAAUUAACAAAAAAAAAAGAUGAGUUUGACUGUUAGCUAAAUGUUGAUGUUAAUGAUGAUAUGAAUGUUAGAGGAAUAUGUGGAAUUUUCACAGUUAAUAAAAGUAUGUAUUUAAUUAAAUGUUUUAUUGACACUACGGUUCUGCUCCUUUAUUAUAAAACAGUGAAUCUGUGCCAUGUGUAUCUUUAAGUACAUAUACUUUCCACAAAAGUCAUGUCAUAAAUCUAUCUUUCAAACAUUAACUUGAUUUUCUAAAUACACAUUUUAUUGCUACAUAAUAAUAUUCUUACAUACCUAUAAUGAUAAUAAGCACUAGAGCUGGACCUAAUAUUACAUUAGGUACAAGAAAUUGAUCAAGAGAUAUUUUUCACAUAGGUAAUACCUAUUACCAUUCUUAACGUCAUACGAGGGGUGUUCAAAAUAUUCUCGGUAUGAGAAUGAAAACAAACAAGUACGAAAAGUUUGAUAUUUUUAUUUUUCAAUAUACUCCCCCCCUAUGUUCAUCCACUUAAAAGAUCGAUCAAUUUUUUUUUUAAUCCCUCAUAAAAAUAUUUUUAUUCUUUGGUGUAAAAAUGCUCCUCCACUGCCGCCUUCAAUGCUUCAUCGUCAGAAAAAAAAUUUCACGCAGAUGCUUUUUAAGAUUGGGGAACAAAAAGAAGUCGCUGGGGGCUAAGUCCGGACUAUACGGUGGGUGAGUAGCAGUUUCAAACCCACAUUCAACAAUAGCUGCCUUGGCAAUAUGAGCAGUCUGGACGGGGGCGUUGUCACGCAGAAGCAGAACACCUUUGGUUAACUUUCCUCGCCUCUUUUCUUUGAUUGCAUCCUUUAAUUGACGUAGAAUGUUAGUGUAGUACUGUCUUGUGAUAUUUACACCUUUUUCUUUAUAAUCGAUUAAUAAUAUUCCUUCACAAUCCCAAAAUAUCGUGGCCAUGACCUUGCCAGCUGAAGGGACGACCUUGAACUCCUUGGGAUGAGCUGAACCCUUAAUGUGCCACUGCAUGGACUCUUGUUUACUCUCUGGAUCAUAAUGAUGAACCCAGGUUUCAUAUCCAGUAACUAUUCUUUGCAGCACCGCAUCAUAAUUUUCACCGCACAGGUCAAUAACAUCGGAACAACACGCUACACGCAUAGGGUGACCAGACGUCAGGAAUUUUCCUGACAUGUCAGGAAUUUUAGGCAUAUGUCAGGAAUGCGGCCGGAAAAGGGAAAUGUCAGGAAUUUUGGCAUUUCCGUUUCCCGAAGGACAAAUAAACAAAACAAUAAAAUGGUAUACACAGUAAAAAUAAUAUUUUUAAUCAAAAUAACAAAAAAAAUUGUAAAACAGUUUACUGACAUAAGUAUUUCCCUUUAGGACUUCACUUCUUUCAUUUAAAAAAUCACCUUUUAACUUAACAUUGGUAUAUAAUUGAGAUCAGCUUUUAUUCACAUUAUUAAUACAAAUAGUUUACUACCAACAACGUAAAUCCGUAAAAGAACAUACUCGGGCGUUUGCUACUAGACGCCAUGUUAAGGACACGACACGCGCACUGUUAUAACGUAGAAACUGGACUAACGGUGCGCCGCGCGGCAUGCCAAUGCA